GUAUAAUACAGUAUGAAAAGUGAUGAUAAAUGCGUUGGUAACUAUGUAUUAUGUAUAAAUUUGCCCUAUUUAAACCACGCCACGAAUCCAAUGAGACACAACCUACAAACUCUCAAGCUCCAUUCCUCCCUUCCCUGUAUAUUUGUUCUACCUCGUUGUCCUUUUUAUAGUUUUUUUACAAGGAACAAACUGGAAACCACUUGCAUUAUAUCACUGGCGUUAGUGCUUCAUUGACUACACUGUCUCCGUACGAAAGUGUCCAGGUCCUGUGCAAUGAAGGGAAAUCGUUCCUUCAACAGCUUUCUCCUGUUAGUUUUGACGGUGAUGAUGAUCUUCCACCGUGAAAUUUGCCAUGCUCGGCCUGACCUUGGCGGCAGUACAUUUUCCUUCGUUCAAACAAGAGGAACCAACUUUGUCAUGAAUGGAAAGCCGUUUUACCUGAAUGGCUUCAAUGCUUAUUGGAUGAUGAUGUUUGCAUCUGACCCUUCUACAAGGAUCAAGGUCACAGACACUUUUCGAGAAGCCUCAAAGUAUGGCAUGAAUGUAGCAAGAGUUUGGGCUUUCAACGAUGGUGAUUACAAGCCCCUUCAGAAUUCUCCUGGUUCUUACAAUGAGGACGUGUUCAAGGGACUGGACUUUGUUGUAGCUGAAGCUAAGAAGUAUGGGAUUCACUUGAUUCUGAGUUUGGUGAAUAACUUCAAAGAUUUCGGAGGAAAAGAUAAGUAUGUUCAAUGGGCAAAGCAACAAGGUCAGAGCCUGAGCAAUGAAGAUGAUUUUUAUACAAACUCUCUCGUCAAACAAUACUACAAGAAUCAUGUUAAGGCAGUGCUCACGAGAAUCAACACGAUUACCGGGGUGGCAUAUAAAGACGAUCCUACAAUUUUUGCUUGGGAACUCAUGAAUGAACCCCGUUGCCCUAGUGACCCUUCUGGAGCUAACCUUCAGAACUGGUUAAAAGAAAUGGCUGCACAUGUCAAGAGCAUUGAUAAUCAUCAUCUACUGGAAAUAGGUCUUGAAGGAUUUUAUGGGGAAUCGAUGCCAGAGAAGAAACAAUACAAUCCAAAUAGCUCUCCUAUUGGGACUGAUUUCAUUUCUAAUAAUCAGAUCCCCGACGUCGAUUUUGCUACUAUUCAUCUGUACCCUGAACAAUGGUUACCAUCAACAAAUUCAAGCGAAGAGGCCCAGCUUGCUUUUGUAGACAAAUGGAUCCAAGCCCAUAUCCUGGACUGUAAUUCACUACUGAGAAAACCACUUCUGAUAGGAGAGUUCGGCAAGUCUUUCAAGUUGCCUGGAUACAGCUUGGAAAAGAGAAACUACUAUUUCCAAAAGAUUUACGGUGCUAUCUACAACAGUGCUAGAAGUGGGGGGUCAUGUGCUGGUGGGCUCUUUUGGCAACUCUUCAGCCUUGGAAUGGAUAACAUGGGAGAUGGCUAUCAAGUUGUUUUGGAACAGAGCCCUUCUACUGCUCAUGUCAUUGCUCAGCAGUCUCAGAAGCUAUCAUCUCUCACUUGAAGAUGACAGAGGGAUACCUUAGGUAUUAAUGUACAACAGGCGGAAUCGUGAGAUGAGUUUAGUUGAACAAA